ACCAUAACCAAGCGUUUCUCAUCCGUACUCACUUUUCUCUCCUCCCUCUCUCUCUCUGUUUCUCACCUUCUUUUCUGCUUCCAAAGAAUCUAGCUUCAGUCCUAGGGUUUUACGAUUCUCUAUUUAACUUCCCUCUUCUUUCGAUAGCGAGCAAACCGAGCCGACACAUAUACAUUCUUUGCAUGCAAGAGAGUGAUAAUACAUAUAAGAUUAAAGGAAAUAAACUCAUCUGUUAUCCGUUCCAGAUUCAACCCUGAAUGUAUCUCCAUCACCGAUUUUUCUAGAUCCAGUUUUUUUUUUUCUAGAUUCAGUUCUUUCUAGACUAGGUUCUUUUGAAACCCUAAUUUACAUUAUUGUGUCCGUACUUAGAUUUGUAGUUUCCUUUUAUGGAUCCAUUGAUCGAGGUCAUGUUUAGUUGUUAUUAUUCCUAGAUUUGAUUUUGAUUUCAAGUACCGUCUAUCUGUACUUGUGUCUUCUUUUUUUCUGUUUAACUCUCUUUUAUCAUCGGUUUCUGGGCUAUAAUUACCUGAAUAUAAAUGAAUAUACAUAUAUGUUUUUCUUCAAUGUAUUACAUGCUCAAAUAUGGUCACAAAAUAAAUAUAUGUUGAUGUGGGAAAAGAAGUUGACAGAAGAGAGCGAGCACACAAAGGGAGAAUUGUAUAAAAUUAAUUUGUAUAUGGUUUACUUUUGCGUGCUCAUUCUCGUUCUGUCAUAACUUCUCCUUCAUGAAUCUUGGUGAUUUUGUUAGCUGAUGUAUGUAUACCAAGUUAUGUAUACAUGUGUUGCAUGCAUAUCUACCUAUUUUUCUUUGAUUGGCAUAUGAUAUAGGUUCUAGACUUCCAAGAUGAUCUUGUCUUAUAAUAUCUUUACACAUGACAUAUAUGUGAAUGUGUGUAUACACACAAUAUCUGUUAGACCUGUCAUAAGAUCUAAUGUCUUCUUCUAUUUGGGUUACGUUUCUUUGACCAAUUUUGCUUGUUAGACUCGUUGGAGUAUGAUGUUUAUAUUCUAAAUCUAUUGUCACUGGAACAAACUCGUUUUGUUUUUGCAGACGAUCUAGCUCACAACUAUAUUGAAUGGCCCCCAACUAUAAAAGGUUAGUCAACUUUUUAUAGAAUACACUUGAAUCCAUGUAAUAAGAUUAGAUUGGGUUUUAUCAAUGGUUUAAUGGCGACAAUCAGCAAAAUUUGGGAGUUGAUGAGUUCAAUCAGAGGAAUUGUAGUUUAUGUGUUGGUUAAGUGACUAUUGUGAUCUAAGGUCUUUUGAUUAGCUGUGCACAAUCAACUAUCCUACCAUCAAAUGUUAGUUGAGGUUUUACUAGAUUUGUUAUAUAAAUAUUAGAUUAGUCGAAUGAGUGGAUAGAGUAUAAUAGUAAGAAAUGUCUAUUGCGUUUUGGCUAAGUAGAUUUUUCGUAGUUAUGUUUUAGCAAAUCCGCGUAGUAUAUGGCGGACUCGCGUCUUUAAGAGUGGAAAAAAUGGUACACACAUUCAUUACGCUGGUUAAUACUACUAUGGAACAAGAUUGCAUAAAACAUCUUUAAGUUAUCUCUCUAUGCAUAUAUGUGCUAUGUAUUAGAUAUAUAUUUGGUGCCUUUGAAUGGUUAUGUAGUUGAUGAGUUGAUAUCACAAAUGUGUACAAAAGACAUGCAUGUAUAUGUUGUUCAGAUGACCAAAAAAUAGAGCACAGAACAUUGUGGAUUUUAGAAUAUGACUUGGAUGAGUUCUGUGGUCUUGUACAAUUGUGAUAUACAGCCUAUAUAUUGCAUACAAAACAUAUGUUGUGUUACUCCUGCGUCAAGUUGCCUCUCUCUUACGUAGUAGCCUAUUCAAUGUCAGGAUGAAAUUCAGCAGAUUUUGGAGUUGUUGAUUCUUCGAUCAGUAGGAUAUUAUUCUGUAUCCAAAUUCUUUGGCAACUAGUGAUAUACCAAGACUGUGUUUGUUUCUUCAGUUUCAUUACAAGUAAUAAAAAUUCAUGUUAGGUUAUGAUAAAUCGCAAAGCGUGACGCUUUGUUACAUGUCAUUGACCCGGAAUAGACUUCAUUCUUGUGCAGGGGUGGAUGGACUUCCACGACGAUGAUUCUAUGAAAAUAGACUACUAUUUGAUUAAAUUUGGUUUGCUGAUGUUUAUUAAACUGCCAAAAGAAGGAGAAUGUGUUGUGAACACAUGAUACGCAGACUCAGCACAUGCAGGAGGACUUGCCGUAGGGUAUGUAGAACCCACUAGAAAAUGGAAAGAUAUAAGGUCGAGUUUUGUGAAAAAACAGCUAAAAUACUCCGACUAUAUUCGACUUUUGAAGAAUUUUAAAAUUCUCUAUUUCGGAAUAAAAUGCAGAACUAAUAAUAUUGGGCUGUCUAUGCAAAUUACAACAAUUAUACAAUGGCCGGGAAAAAAAAAAUUAAAUGAUAUUUGCUGCUUUACAAUGACGGGUCGCUGACCAGUCAAGCUCACCGCUAUAAAACACCAGCAUAAUUAAGCAGCACAGUAAAUUAAAUCGUAAAGAAACGAACGGCUCAGAUGUGUUCGGAGUAGGCCUGGGCAUAGAAUCUGAAACCCGAAAUCCGAACCGAACCCGAACCGAAAAACCCGAUCCGUUAUCCGAUCCAAAACGUAAAAAUAUCCGAACGGGCCUUGUAGAGUGGUACAAAAAAUAUCCGAACCCGAAGUGUUAUUAACCGAACCCGAACGGGUAACCCAAAAAAUCCGAAAUUAAUAGUCAAUAUAAAUAUUUUGAAAUAUAUAUAAGUAUUCCAAUUAUUAAAUUCAAUAUUUGUGGUAAUAUUAUAUAUAAUAAUAAAUAUUAAAAUUCUAAUAAAUGCUUUAACUAUACAAUUAGUUAUAAAUAAGUAUUUUAUAAUUUGCUCAUUGAAAUAAAAAGUCUACUCUCUAUAAGGCAAUACAUAUAUUUUUAUAAAUGAUGUUUGUUUUCAUGCUUGAUUUAACAUUUUAUUGUUAUUUUAUCAAUUUUAUAUGUGGUAGAUUAAUUUUUAUUUAAUUUAGAUGUUUUUUUAUGUUUUCCUUCAAAAAUUUUGUUUUUUAUUUUGGUUAUAUCCGAACCGAUAUAACCCGAAUCCGUACGAUAUAUGAUUACUUUAUGAGUUUUAUGAUGCAAUACAAUUUUGAACUGAACCCGAAGUGUUAUUAUCCGAAUCCGACCUGUACUAAUAAAAUUUUAGUAAGGGACCUAGAAGUGUAAAUCCGAAAAUCCAAAAACCCAAAAAACCCGAUCCGAAUGCCAACGGGUACCCGAACGCCCAUGCCUAGUUCGGAGUACAUAGAUACGCAACAUAUGUGCGCAGGGGAUCAUCCGUCAGUAGAAUGAUCCAGCGGGUACGGUAAAAAAAAAAAAAAGCAAAGCCAAGAGGCAAAGAAGGGCUUUGUAGUUGUCUCGAGCUUCUUUCUUACUUGUAUCUGAUCGCGGUGGUGGCGAUCGCUUUCGGCCAUGGAGAAUCUAAGCUUUCAUGAUGGUAACAUCUUCAAUCUCCUCCACUCGAGGUCCACGGAGCCAAGUCAUGACGUUGAUCAAAGAAUGCAAUUACAUUCUUCCUUGGUUCGGAGACUCUCUCAGGAACAGGAGCUCGAGGGACAUCAAGGCUGUGUUAAUGCUAUCUCAUGGAACUCUACUGGAUCACUGUUGGUCUCUGGAUCAGAUGAUUUAAGGGUUAAUAUUUGGGAUUACUCCAGUCGAAAGCUUGUGCAUUCUGUAGAGACGGGGCACACUGCCAACAUAUUCUGUACCAAGUUCGUCCCUGAAACCUCUGACGAGCUUGUCGUUUCUGGUGCUGGAGAUGCUGAAGUUAGGCUAUUCAAUCUAGCCGGGUUAAGAGGUAGAGCAGACGAUGAUAAUGCUCUUACACCGUCGGCAAUGUACCAAUGCCACACGCGGAGAGUGAAAAAGCUAGCUGUCGAACCAGGCAACCCCAAUGUUGUAUGGAGUGCUAGUGAAGAUGGGACUCUGCGGCAGCAUGAUUUCCGUGAAUCUACAUCUUGUCCUCCCGCUGGAUCCGCUCACCAAGAUUGCCGCAGUGUUCUUCUUGACCUGCGAAGUGGAGCCAAAAGAGCACUAGCUGAUCCUCCUAAGCAGACUCUCUCCCUGAAGUCGUGUGAUAUAAGUGCCACAAGACCACACCUACUUCUCGUUGGUGGGAGUGAUGCGUUUGCUCGUUUGUACGAUAGAAGGAUGCUUCCUCCGUUGACAUCAUGCCGGAAAAGGAUGCCUCCACCUCCAUGUGUCAAUUAUUUCUGUCCCAUGCAUCUUUCUGAACGUGGGCGAACAAAUUUGCACCUAACUCAUGUAACUUUCAGUCCUAAUGGUGAAGAAGUUUUGCUCAGUUACAGCGGGGAGCAUGUGUACCUGAUGAAUGUAAAUAAUGGCGUUGGAACCAUGCAAUACACACCAGGAGAUGUAGCGAACUUCUUUUCUUUGAGUAACAUUCUCCAUGAUGUAGAAUCUCCACCUCAGGUUUCCACCACUCAAAAUGGCUUUCACAGAAAUGGCAGCGCUGCAAUGUUAAAGAAGUGCACCGAAUUGGUAGAACUUGCCAAAAGUUCUUUAGAAGAGGGUACGGAUAUUUUCUAUGCAAUUGAGGCAGCUAACGAAGUUCUAGAUGCGCAUUCUAAUGAUAUUGAGUCCGCGCUAAGGCAUGAAUGCCUUUGUACUCGUGCAGCGUUGUUGCUCAAGAGGAAGUGGAAGAAUGAUGCUCAUAUGGCCGCAAGAGAUUGCCAAAAUGCUAGGAGAAUUGAUGCUUCAUCUUUUAAAGCAUAUUACUACAUGUCUGAAGCAUUGCAGCAAUUGGGAAAAUGUAAAGAAGCUCUGGAUUUUGCGACUGCUGCACAACAAUUGAAACCAUCGGAUGCUGAUAUAGUGGCAAAGGUGGAGAGCAUUAAAAGGGAUCUUCAAGCAGCUGGAGCUGAAAAAAAAGAGGAGCCAGAAGGAGGAACUGGUAGAGUACUUUCUUUGAGCGACAUACUUUAUAGAUCAGAGGCGAACAGUGACAGUUCGCAUGAUAUGUCGAGAUCCGAAGGAGACCAGUCUGAUUAUGAUGAGGAAUUAGAGGUUGAUAUUCAAACUUCCAUGUCAGAUGAUGAAGGAGGAGAUCCAGACUCGAAUGCUAUGCGUGGUAGCCUAAAUCUAAGAAUUCAUAGAGUAAGUGAUGAUAAGCCCAUAGAAAAUUCUGGUGAUAAUGGCUCCUCGGGAACUGCAUCGUCAUCUCAAAACGAUAGAACCUCUUAUCAGCCGGAAGGAGCCAUUGAUAUGAAGCGUAGAUAUAUUGGCCACUGUAACAUUGGAACUGAUAUUAAGCAAGCCAGUUUUCUCGGCCAGAGAGGUGAAUAUAUUGCGUGUGGAAGUGAUGAUGGUAGGUGGUUUAUAUGGGAGAAGCAGACGGGGAGGCUUAUGAAAGUACUUGUUGGCGAUGAAGCAGUUGUGAACUGCAUUCAGUGCCAUCCGUUUGACAGCGUUGUAGCAACGAGUGGAAUCGAUAACACAAUAAAGAUGUGGAGUCCAAUCGCAUCAGUGCCAUCGAUUGUAGCGGGUGGAUCAGCUGGACCUGCAACAGCCAAUGUAGUGGAAGCAAUGGAGAGUAAUCAACAGAAACUAAGCCGCAAUCGAGAGAACCCUCUGUCUGUGGAGCUUCUGCAGAGGUUUAGGAUGCAAGAGUUUGCAGAAGGGAACUUUCACCCAUUUGAAUGUACUCAGAGCUAAAAAAGCAGAAGGGGAAUGUAUAGGUAAAGGGAAAGCUUGCUUUGUGAAGGUGCUGGUGGAGUAUGGCUUUGAAUAUGAAUAAUGAAUAAUAAAGUCUGUGAUUAAGCUUUCAAAUGCAGCAAAAGCUUUCUCUCCCUGUAAAACUCAUCGACAGCUUCCUUAUAGCCUUUUUUCACUCGUGUUGUAUACUGUAUAGUUCGUUAUUUACAUCUUCUGGGUGCAAGAUAUCAACCUCCUCUUAUUUGAAUUUUUUUUUCUUGGUUCUGUUUCGUUUGAAGAGAACACGAAUGUGUGUUUGUGUCCAAUCUUGUUUUAAUAUUGAUUGUUAGUAAAACUA